GAGGGUGAUAGAUAGAUAAGCCGAGACAACACCCUAAACCGGUUUAAAGUAUAUUCCCAGCGGCUGUGUUAGUGCAUGAGACCACGACCAUGCGAAUGCAACGGGCCGUGCAGAAUUUAGGCCCAAAAGUUCGGAGCAGAGCAGAGCCAUGCGUGCGCCUUUGUUUGUUUUGCGCGUUUCCAAGCGAUGAUAAAGCGAAUUCGGGUAGUGUUUGAGGAAGCAGCCCUUAGAGUUUGCUCGCACGGGUCUGGAUGUAGCUGAUUGGAGUAGCAACAGUCAGAGUGGGUGAUCAAAGGGAGGAGGGUAGAGACUCUGAAGUGGGUUUUCUACGUGUGUGUGAGAUUCUUCAGCGGCCAUGUUAACCAAGAAACCCUGCGCUGCUGCUGCUGCUGUCUACCCGACUGGCAAAGGGGGUGAGAUUUGCCAGCUACAGUCUUCCCCCGGACUGGGCAUAGGGGGUCCCCGGGUUGGAGCAGGGACUGAAGCCACAUCACCUGUCACAUUACCCCCUCUCAGGAACAGCAGUUCUCUCACGGCUGGAGGCAAUAAGCACACAAUGAACGACCAUCUGCACGUUGGAAAUCACCAGCAGAUCCACGUUCAACAGCUGUUUGAGGAGAACAGCAACAAACGGACAGUGUUGACUGCACAACCCAAUGGGUUGGCUCCUGUGGGUAGGGUGGGUUUACCCAUGCCUGAGAAGCAGCAAGAAAGCAGCCAAUGUCGACAAGGCAGCUCAACCUCCAUAAAAUCAACUGAAAGCAAACCAAAGCCAGCACCCUUGACUCCUGAGCAGGCCAUGAAACAGUACAUGUCUAAAUUGACAGUGUUUGAACACCAGGAGAUCUUCAGCUACACUGAAAUAUAUUUUAUUGGUCCAAAUGCAAAGAAACGACAAGGUGUAGUUGGUGGUUCAAACAAUGGAGGUUAUGAUGACGAUCAGGGCUCCUACAUUCAUGUACCCCAUGACCAUAUAGCAUAUAGGUAUGAGGUACUAAAGGUCAUUGGUAAGGGCAGCUUUGGCCAGGUGGUGAAGGCCUAUGACCAUAAGAACCACCAGCAGGUGGCCCUGAAAAUGGUCCGUAAUGAGAAGCGAUUCCACCGCCAAGCAGCCGAGGAAAUUCGCAUCCUUGAGCACUUAUGCAAGCAGGAUAAGGACUCCACUAUGAAUGUCAUCCACAUGCUGGAGAACUUUACAUUCCGCAACCAUAUCUGCAUGACGUUCGAGUUGCUCAGUAUGAACCUUUAUGAGCUCAUCAAGAAAAACAAGUUUCAGGGCUUUAGUUUGCCACUAGUGCGCAAGUUUGCACACUCCAUCUUGCAGUGUCUUGACUCCCUGCACAAGAACAGAAUUAUUCACUGCGACCUCAAGCCUGAGAAUAUCCUCCUGAAGCAGCAGGGGCGCAGCGGGAUAAAAGUGAUAGACUUUGGCUCCAGCUGCUAUGAGCAUCAGCGGGUCUACACUUACAUCCAGUCACGAUUCUACAGGGCCCCAGAGGUCAUUCUUGGCGCUCGGUACGGAAUGCCAAUUGAUAUGUGGAGCUUAGGUUGUAUCUUAGCGGAAUUACUUACAGGGUACCCUCUCUUGCCUGGAGAAGAUGAAGGGGACCAACUAGCAUGUGUCAUAGAGCUGCUGGGUAUGCCCUCCCAGAAGCUACAGGAUUCAUCUAAGAGAGCCAAAAAUUUUAUCAGCUCUAAGGGAUACCCCCGUUAUUGCACAGUCACAACGUUACCUGAUGGCUCGGUGGUAUUAAAUGGGGGAAGGUCACGCAGGGGCAAACUCAGAGGUCCACCAGGAAGCAGGGACUGGGUAACAGCACUUAAGGGCUGUGAUGACCCGCUCUUCUUGGACUUUCUCAAACAGUGUCUAGAGUGGGACACAUCCCUGCGUAUGACCCCUAGUCAGGCCCUCCGCCACCCAUGGCUCAGAAGACGCUUGCCAAAACCUCCCACUGGGGAGAAAACCACUGUAAAGCGGAUCACUGAGGGUACUGGUGCUAUUACGUCAAUCUCCAAAUUACCUCCCACUUCUGGCUCAGCCACAAAGUUAAGGACUAACCUGGCACAAAUUACUGAUGCAAAUGGGAAUAUACAACAAAGGACAGUGUUGCCAAAAUUAGUCAGUUGAACUGUAAUUCAUUUUUUCUUUUAAAUGGGGAUUUUGGAAAUUGUGCAGAACUGAGCUUUCAGAAGUGUGGCAUUUCUAGGUAUAGAGUUUUAACGCAUAUCCACCAUCUAUGAACUGUUUUGUAGCACCUCUUUGUUGGAUUUUUUUUCUAGAAACGCUAAAAUGGCCAAGAAAGAGGGAACAACACUUUAAGUUUUUAUCUCAGGGCUGUGUAGAAUGCUGCUUUGAGGGAGCAUUUAUACAAUCUGGUCUAUAAAAACACAAAGUCCCACGUGGUUUAAUACAUGCAUCUUGUAGUAUAAAAAGCAAAUGGCCUUGCCACAAUGAAGUAAUGGUAGGAUACAUUGUUGUGUUUGCUUCUGAAAUUGUAAUCACAACACUCUGAUCCUGUCAGAUAAAUAGCACGUUAAUGGAUGAGGAUUAAAAUGCAUUUUACUAAUGCAUAUCUGAGGCCUGUUUCAUUUUCCAGCAUCACUUUCAAAAUCAAGACAAUAAUUUAAUAACAUUUUAAGAGACUAUGGUAAGAGAAACAGGUCAUAAUGGAAAAGUGGAUGUUGCAGACUGAUAUGAGGUAGCAGAGGGAAACAAUGUUUACAUGAUAGACUUGGUAUGUGCCUAUAAAUCUCUUGACAUUCCUUAAGAAAAGAAAUGAGAAAAAGAGAGUGUCUACACUAAAAUGGACUGAUGGCAAGUUUAAAGGAAUUUAUGUGGUUUGCCUGAGAGGAUCCCGUUGUCAGCAGUAAUUGACGUGUAUGUUUUUGUUAUUGUAUAAGCUAUUCUCUGGAAGAGUACUGUCCUAGAAGGAAAAAACUUUGGUGCUUUGCCUUUUUUAUUUAUGAAGCAUUUUUUAUAGCUUAACUUAACACUCAUGGAACAAAACAGUGUUGUUUAAUUGUGUUAAGUGAAGACUGGUAACCGCUUAAGUUAAAUUUGCAGGUUAGAGUCUUGAAUCUUGAAUUGCUUUUUCUAUUGUAUCUAAAAUUAAUUAUUUUUUGCAGUGACUAGAUGGACUUAGAUUUAAAUCAUAGGAAGGACAUUACAUUUUCUUACAUGUGAGCAAGUAUUGAUGCAAUUUUAACAUGAAUAUGAGAUGGUCGAGGCUAUGGCUGAAUGUGACAUUUGAAUCAAGUUUUGAAUAAAAUGUAUAACCACUGAGACAAGGCAGUUGUUAACGUUACAUACCCCGAUUAAUAUGUAAUGAUUGUACGAUCUCAUGGAAAGUCAUACAUCAUUUACAAGUUGGCUAUUUGGUAUGGUCUUGCACGAUGUUGGUCGCAUAAACUUGUACGACUUCAUCAUGUGCAAAUUCCCGGAUGUCUAAUGCGGAAGUAAGUGCGAGUUCCGCGCACGAGGCGUUAAGGACAUACUUAUUAUGCCCUAAUCUAAACUUAACCAAUCAGUAGAGUGUGUAAACAUGAUAUGAAGCUGUUGUGUGUGACAGAAGCAAGUAAUUGUUGCAUAUUAGAUUGAAACAAUGUCCAGCGAUGUCAUUGGCUGUAGUGAAAGUCCUUGGAAUUAGCCAUACGAAUUAGCCAAAUUUACAAAUGUCAUACGAAUCCUGAUGAUUUCACCAUGAGAGUCUGUUGGAUUGUAUGGACUUGCUAAUAUCAGACCAGAGUUCAAAUUCUUAAAGGUUGUUCCCUUUUUAAAAAUAAUGUUACAAAUAUUUUUUAAAUAACAACCCCCCCCCCCACAUUAGAACACGUCUGGCCAUUUUUGUACCAUUUGUGACAUGGGAAGUAUAAUUUGACUGACAUGGGUGUAAAAGCAAUGCUAAAGUUAUAUCAUAACUAUAGCAUUGCUAUAGUAUAUCAAUAGAGUGUGACUUAAUAUGUUAUGCACAAGAAAUAUAUCUGCAAGUACUUUGACUCUACUCUAGCAGGAGGUAGUCCUGCUUGCUCUCAACCAGUCUCAUAUUGUGGGGAUGCGAAAGGGGUCAAACCACGGGCUGUCAGGGAGUUCAGCAAAGCUGUAAUGCUCAUGUUGAUCCCUCAUCCCCUCACUAGAGACUGGCACAGUGCCCACCAAGCCUGCUGCAUACUGCUCAGGGGCGUGGGGCCCUUUGGACACCCAUAGUGCUUUACAGAUGCAGAAGUAACCUGCCAACAUCAGCAGGCAUUUCAUAAUGUACUUCAUACUUUUUUAUUGCUCUGAGAAUUGACAGCAGUGUGAAUUAAUUUUGCCUUAAUUUUAAUAUAAUGUGCCUUUGGUUAUCAAUGCCAUUCAUUUUAUUUCAAACAAUGAAACUCCCUUCCACUUACUUUAAAAAACUCAUGGUGAUUCUCUUACACAUGUUUGAGCAUCGCCCAAAGAUACUCCCCAAACCUCAUGAAAUGGGACUUGGGAGCAAGUGGCCGCAAAGUUGAGCGGUUGUACAUGCAGUUAAGACACUUUUUUUUUUUUUUAACUUUUUUUUUAACCAAUGAUUUUAGAGGAGAAAUCACUUGAGGGCCUUUUUUCCCAAAGGGAUGUCUUAGUAAGAGACAACAGUCACAUCUAUACAGAUUUUUCUCAAGUAGAACAAGUGUCUUCACUACUGCAUUCAUGUUGUCUUAACAUCACAAGUAUUAAAGGAAAUCCAUUUGGUUAAUUUUAUUACUAUAGAAAUAAGAACACAUUUUAAUAUUUUACCUCAGACUGUUGUGAUAUUCUUGUACUUUAUGAAUCCAGGGCAUUUGGUACAUACCAAAGUGCAUUCCUUUCUGUGUUAGUGGCUAUGAGGAAAAAAAGCCAGAUUUUCUCUUUUUACAUUCUAAAAUCUUCUGUGGAGAGGAAAGUACUGGGUAAGGAGGCUUGCGCUCUAUUCUGCAGUCACACGACCUGUUUAAAUGUCUGACAGAUGUAGCGUACUUCCAGACCUCUGUUGCUUGGUCAGAUGUAUCGCAGUGAAAACCCAGAAACCAACAGCAAGUCAGUUGUUAUCCCAGUGUGCAAUACAGUGGUAGUAUUGUUUAAGUUGAUCAAAGUACUUGACUGAGAGUUAGAUUUUUAAACAACUUCUAAACGUAUGCCCUAACUCUUGAAUCUAUCUACCCACUGUCAACUUCGGUCAGUCCUUUUUUAAACAAAUCUUUAACAAAGAAACAGAGUUAACAUUUGUUUGUAUUCAGCCACAAAUGUAAUGUACAUAUGUGAAUUUGUUGAGAAUUGGAUGUGGUUGUGUACAUAUGUAUAAUGUUAUAAUUUUGUGAUAUGCUGCUGAAAACACUACAGAUAUUGCUGUAGUGGGGGUUAAUGUUGGCGGCCAGUUUUAUGAUACUGUAUGUAUUGUACAGCUGAUGGAAGAAAAGUUGUUGUUUUUUCUAGUGAUCAUUUGUUAAAUUUUCAUUGUUGUGGCUGGAAAAUAUUAAUAAUAAAAGUU